AUGGCCCGCCUGCCUGCCCCCAAGAGACGGCGCUUGUCGCCUCCCGACGACGACGACGCCGCCAGCGACUCGCCCAGCCACGCUCUCGCCACCUCGAGCUUUGCCAACUCCACCUGGGACCUCGAGCAGGACUAUGAGAACCGCCCGCGCUCGCUGAAAAAGAAGAAGGAGGCCACUCGCCUGCCCAUCAAGACCCAGGAUGGCCGCGUCGAACACGUCCAGGUCGCCGAGCCCGACAAGGCUGAGCCAGCGGACGACGACAGCUUCCUCGGCACAAGCAGCGACGACGAUGAGGAGGAAGCGGCCGAGCCUGUGCCCGAGGCGCCCAAGAAAUCCGCUCGCCAGCAGCUCGUCGAGGCCAAGGAAGAGCUUGCCCGCGUCGCCGAGCUGAUCAACGAGGACCCGGAAGAGCACAUUGGCGCCCUGAAGCAGCUUGCCGCCUUCGCCAGCUCCAAAAACGUCACCGUCAAGAAGCUGGCCCUCGCGACCCAGGCUGCCGUCUACAAGGAUAUCAUUCCCGGAUACAGGAUACGCCCGCUGCCCGAGGACGGCUCCAAGGAGAAGCUGUCCCGCGAGGUCCGCCGUCUGCGCAACUUCGAGCAGGCCCUCGUCCACGGCUACCAGGACUACGUCCGUGACCUGGCCCAAUGCGCCAAAGGCAGCAAGUCCGGGGCUUCGGAGAGCAUGGCCGGCCUGGCCACCGUCGCCAUCAGCUGUGCCUGCAACCUGCUCACCUCUGUGCCCCAUUUCAACUUCCGCGGAGACAUCAUAAAGAUCCUUGUCAACAAGCUGAGCACCAGGUCCGUCGACCAGGAUUUCGUCAGGUGCAGGGAGACCAUCGAGAAGGUUUUCGAGGACGAUGAAGACGGAAAUGCCUCCUUGGACGCCGUCACCAUGAUCACCAAGAUGAUCAAGGGCCGCAACUACCACGUCCACGAGAGCGUGCUCAACACCUUCUUGCAUCUGCGCCUGCUGUCCGAGUUCUCCUCCAAGGGUUCGUACGACAGGAUCGACAAGCCCGAAGACGACAUGCCAAGAGGCAAGAAGCCCAAGGAAAAGCGCGAGUUCCGCACCAAGAAACAACGCAAGAUCAUGAAGGAGCAAAAGGCCAUCGCCGAGGAGAUGAAGGAGGCCGACGCCGCCGUGAGCCACGAGGAACGCGACCGCCUGCAGGCCGAGACGCUCAAGCUCGUCUUCGUCGCCUACUUCCGCAUCCUCAAGUCCCGCAGCCCGUCUCUGAUGGGCGCCGUGCUCGAGGGCCUCGCCCGCUACGCCCACCUCAUCAACCAAGACUUCUUCGGCGACAUCCUCGAAGCUCUGAAAGACCUGAUCAGCGACGCCGAGAGCCUCGAAAACCAGGACAGCGACGCAGACGACGACGACGACGACUCCGCCGAGAACUCGGCCCUGGGCACCCGCAACGCCACGCGCGAGUCGCUCCUCUGCGUCAUCACCGCCUUCGCCCUGCUGCAGGGCCAGGACGCCAGCAAGGCGGCUUCCAGCCUGCACCUCGACCUCAACUUCUUCAUCACCCACCUCUACCGCACCCUGUACCCCGUCAGCCUCAACCCGGACGUCGAGCUCGGCGCCAACUCGCUGCACCUCCCCGACCCCAACGCGCCCCACCAACAACAACACCAGCAAACCCCCUCCGCCAACAAAAUCAACGUCCAAACCACCACCGUCCUCCUCCUCCGCUCCCUCUCCUCCGUCCUCCUCCCCCCCACCGCCAUCCGCGCCGUGCCCCCCCUCCGCGUCGCCGCCUUCACAAAACAGCUCAUGACCGCCGCCCUGCACCUGCCCGAGAAGUCGUGCCUCGCCGUCGUGUCGCUGCUCGCCAAGGUGACCAAGGUGCACGGCCGCAAGGUCGCGCCGCUGUGGAACACGGAGGAGCGCCGCGGCGACGGCGUCUUCGACGCGCUGGGGACGCAACUUGAGAGUAGUAAUCCGUUCGCGGCGACGGUGUGGGAGGGAGAGGUUUUGAGGUGGCAUUUUUGUCCGGGGGUGAGGGAGGGGUUGGGGGCGGUGGGGAGGGGCGUGGCGGAGGGGAUGAAGUGA